AAGGUUGACUCUGGGAUGAAAUAGGUUAAUUUUAAUUCAAAGAUUUUGAUAUAAAAAUUGAAUAGACAUGACUGAACAAUCAAUUUUUGAACUGUUGAUUGGGAGUAAUCAAGAUCAAAUCAAUCCAUUAUUAAUUCCAGAUGCAGUAGCUAAAAUAAGUUCUGCCAUUGUUCAUGACACGGAGGUAAUAGGAAGAAACUCUUCUUAUUCCGAUCAUCAUUGGAAGAACAACUUGAUGCUCCUUCAUAAAUUAUGUAUAAAAGAUGAUGCACACCAACAUGUGGACAGCACUAACAUUUCUACCAUUUUAAACUUUUUGGGAAAGUUAUUCGAAAAUAGGGAUACACUUGAAUCAGAUAGAUGGGCAGAAGAAGUUUCAAUAGAGGUUCAGAAGUUUAAAGCAGAUAUAAAAAAACGAUUACAUGAAAAAGAGAAGGAAAAAGUAUUAAUGAAUGAGUAUUGGUGUAAGAAAGUUAAAGAAUUAGAGCUCUCAACUGGUAUUGAAUGGAGCAGUCCAACUCCCAGUAAGGAAUUGAAAAUAGAUCCAUUUCUAUUCGUCAAUUCCUUUGGAAGUAAUGAUCUAACCGAACAAAAAAUGAAAACAUGUCAAAAAGAUGACAUGUAUAGAUUAAAACAUAUACAAUUUGGAUAUGCGAUUAUAAAUCUUGGAACCAAAUGUGAAAUUUCAACACAUUUAAUAGUAUUGUUGAAAAGUUUAGCUGGAUAUGAGGAAAUGUAUAACUAUGAAAAAAGUUUUUGCAAACAUUUAUUCAAGUACAUAGAUCAGCACCCUAAUCUAUUGGAAUUUUAUUGUGAAACCUUCUUUUUCAUUUUGGAAAUUCAAAUUAUAGAUGCUUGUACAACUUCAAUCACAGGAACAGAGGACGAUUUCAAAACACAUUUGACUGAAUAUGUGAAAACUGUAGAUUUUAAAUCACUGAUAGCUGCUUGUAAACUUAGUUUUUCGAUUUAUAGCAAAGUUAGAAUGGUUCUCUAUACUUUACAUUAUUACAGCAGGCUAAAUUUACGAAUCAUGCAUUUUUUGAGUGAGAUAGAGGCUGCAGUGAAAUCUUCAUGAGCCUACUUUCUUGAAUUAUUUUUUCUGUAUGCAAAGCAGAAAAAUCUAACUGAAAUUUCAUUUGUAGAUUUCAUCACUUAAGGAAUGAGCAGUUUUUUUUAUACUUGAGAUUCAAAUAGAUUAAAUUGACAGGGUUAUUCUAGUAAGAAACUUUCUUAAAUUAUUUUGAGGGUGUUAUAAUAAGGGUGACAGUUGGUCUCAAUUGGUAAAGAAUUGUUAAAAAUGUAUGGAAUACAUUAUGUCAAAACUUCAUCACUCAUUGAUAUUAAAUGAAUUUCCACCAA